GUCAGAGUUAGACACGAUUCAACAAAAUUUUCAAGUAAUUUAAAUGUAAAAAAUAAAAAAGGAUUCCGUUUUAUAUCUGCAGUGCAUCUUAAUUGAGACAUCGUGGCACCUCCAAAUAAUAAAACCCAAGUAUGGGAAAUAAGAUUUACAAAUGAAGGGCAAAGAACAUUUGUCAAGACCUUAGAUUCAGCCGGGGCGAUCAAUAUUUGGAAGGAGGAGUUCAGCACGAUGGACGUUAUGGUGGAAGGUCCUCGAGCAGCUCAGGUGGCCAGCAUGAUGCAAGAGCGAGAGAUUCCAUUCGCGGUCGCCGUCGGAGACGUGGCAGUACUCAUAGAUAAGGAGCAAGGCAGUUCAUUUAGUACAAAGAAAACGACUGCUAUGGUUCGGAUGACGAUGGAUUGGGAACGCUAUCACCGUUUGGAUGUCAUUUAUGAAUUCAUGGAGAAUCUGCAAAAGGAAUUUCCAUUUUUGUGUGCGGUGAUAAGCAUUGGUCAAUCGGCUGAAGGAAGAGAUAUAAAGUUGCUGAAGAUAUCCAAUGGCAACCCCAACAAUACCGGUGUCUGGAUGGACGGUGCUAUCCAUCCUCGAGAGUGGGUGAGCAUUUCUGUGGUCACCUUCAUCGCAGACAGGAUUGUGAGGACAUUCAACGAUCAACCUGCCAGCGUCACCAAUAAGGACUGGUAUAUAGUGCCUGUGCUGAAUCCUGACGGCUACGAAUACACUCACACAACAGACCGCAUGUGGAGGAAAAAUAGAUCACGCUAUGGAGAAUGUGUUGGUGUUGAUCUGAACAGGAACUUCAGCUAUGGAUGGGGUGAAAAGGGCGAAGAAGGCUCGUCGGACGAUCCCGGAAGUAUAUUUUUCAGAGGCCCAAAGGCUUUUUCUGAGCCAGAAACACUCGCCUUAAAGAAAGUUAUAUUGAAAUCUGGAGUAGAUUUCAAGGUAUUCCUGUCGUUUCAUAGCUACGGAGAGGUAAUAAUUUUUCCGUGGGGCUACACAAGUGACGCAUGCCCCGAUUAUGUGGAGCUUUUAGAAGGCGGAACUGCAAUGGCUAAAGCGAUCUUUCAAGAAAGUGGUCAUACAUACAAAGUGGGUAGCACAAAAGACCUCAUGUACUAUGCAGCUGGAACCAGCAUAGAUUGGAGUUAUGGUGUGGCGAACGUACCAUUCAGCUACAUGAUUGAACUUCGAGGGAAGAAGCACAGAUUUCUGCUUCCCAGUGAAGAAAUUGUUCCUACAGCACGAGAAACUAUGAACGGAGUACUGAGCCUUUUGGACUUUGUUGACAGCAGAUGCCGUGGAACACAAUCAAAAUAAAUAAUAACGGAAUCUUUUUGAAACUACACUGUGAUAUAUUAUGAUGAAAAUAAAAGCAAUUACUCAGUUUAUAAAAUGAAAAUGUACAAUGUCAGUUUUAUAUUGUAACUUAUUUAUCCAUGUAGGAGCUUUUAAUAAAUGUUUGAAUCCA